AUGAAUUAAAUGAAUUUAAACAUGAUUAACUUUAAUUUCUUCAUCUUCUUCUUUCUCUUCAUCCUUUUCCUCAUCCUCAUCCUCGGCAUCAUCAUGUUUGUUUAUCUUCAACAUCCUAUUCGCCAUUCUUUUCAUCAUCUUGAGUUCCUUGUGGAACCCUCAUGCUGGAUUUGUGGAACUUAGAUCUGGGUUCGAGUUUUCUAAGUUCAUUAUGAAACCUAGAUUGUGUUUAAUAUUUGGAUUUGAAACUGCAGGUGCUAGGGAGAGUUUUUGGAUGCUUGAAAGCUUCCCACUUGUGUGUGAUCAGAGAUGCUUCAGAACUCUGCUGAAUUCCGCAAUCUUGGGAUGUCUAAAUCCAAAGUCUGGACCUUGGGAGCUGUCUUUGUCGGCUGCUUCUUUCUGUCUUCACUGCUUGUUGGAGCACAAAAUAAUUCCAUCCUUCAGCCUGAUGAAGUGAGUGCAUUGCGAACUAUCAAGAGAAGUUUGAUUGAUCCCAAUAAAAAUUUGAGUAAUUGGAAUCGGGGAGAUCCAUGCACAUCAAAUUGGACUGGAGUUUGUUGCUUCAAUACAACCCGGGAAGAUGGCUAUCUACAUGUCCGAGAAUUGGAAAGUUUUUGGAUGCUUCAAAACUUCCCACUUGUGUGUGAUCGGAGAUGCUUCAGAACUCUGCUGAAUUCCGCAAUCUUGGGAUGUCUAAAUCCAAAGUCUGGACCUUGGGAGCUGUCUUUGUCGGCUACUUCUUUCUGUCUUCACUGCUUGUUGGAGCACAAAAUUACAUCACUCAGCCUGAUGAAGGUAGCUUUUCUGAUUGAGAGUCUCAGGAAUUGCAACGUGCAAGGAUCAAUCCCUGACAUAAGCAGGAUACCCAGCCUAUAUUAUCUGGACCUGAGUUCAAACCAUCUAAGUGGACCCAUUCUCACUAGUAAGAUUUCAAAGAAUAUCACGACCAUUGAUUUAUCCAACAAUGAGCUUAAUGGAACUAUUCCUGCCAGCUUUUCGGGUCUACCUCUUCUCCAGAAUCUGAUACUCGCAAAUAAUUCAUUGAACGGCUCGAUUCCAUCCUCCAUUUGGCAGAACAGGACUCAAAAUGUAUCAGAGAGUCUCAAAGUGGAUUUGGAGUACAAUUCUCUUGACAGUAUUUCUGGCAGUUCUGACCUCCCCCAAAAUGUCACUCUCUGGCUUAAAGGGAAUCCUAUAUGCUCGAAUCCGACAAAUGGCAAUAUAGUUCUGUUCUGCAGAACUAAAAGUGAGAAUGAAAGUAUGAUAAGCACUGCAACAAACUCCAUCACUAACUGUCCACCAGAAUCAUGCCCACCGUCAUAUGAGUAUUCCCCUACAUUUCCUAUCCCUUGCUUUUGUGCUGUGCCUUUGCCUGUAGGAUAUCGGUUGAAAAGUCCUGGCUUUUCCGAUUUUCGUCCAUAUAUAGAAGCAUUUGAGGUGUACCUGACUAAUGGUCUCAGUUUAAAGCUUUUCCAACUGUACAUAAAUUCAUUUGCAUGGGAAGGACCAAGGCUGAGAAUGUACUUGAAGCUUUAUCCUGUUUAUAAUGCCAGUAGCAGCAAUUCUAAUUUAUUCAAUGAAAGUGAAGUCAGACGAAUUAGGAGCAUGUUCACUGGAUGGAGGAUCAAUGGUAGUAACAUAUUUGGACCUUACGAACUUAUAAACUUCACUUUGUCAGAUAUCUAUAAGGAUGAAUUUCGCAUCCCUUCAUCAGACAUGAGUCCAGGUGCAUUGGCUGGCAUAACACUGGUGACCAUUGGUGGUGCAGCUGCAGUUACAUUGUCUGCAAUUGUUUCAGUUAUUUUCUUGAGAAGGCACCUGAGGAACUACCGUGCAGUUGCAAAACGACGUCAGGGUGAGUAUCUUAAAAUUCCGAAGAUAAUGAGCAAAACAGAAAUAGAGAAAGAGUGUUGGCCUUGCAGCAAUGGCAGCAACGGCAGCAACAAAACUGAGAGUUUUGGAGGAGUUUUGGGUCCAACCUCAUUUAACCUGAGAAUGCAUUAUAAAGAUGUGCUAGCUGCAGUUUUCCACAUGACAAUGCAGUUUGGUGAUUGUGAAACUACAUUGAAUACUGCUGAGAACAGUUACUGGUUAGUGUGUUAUAUAGCAGCUUAUAAAUACUUGGGAAGCCCAGGAGUACUUCAACCAGCCAAAGACACAGCUUAGCAGCUGAGUUGGUAAUACAAACUUAUUCUCUAACCAAAACCUUGUCACGGCUCACAGUUGUAGACAAGCUGGUCAUCUAAAAGUUCUUUUGUGUACAAAACUCAGUUUUCUACUUGAAAAACAGAACUGUACCUUUUGUUGACAAUGUAAAUAUGCUGUUAUGUGUAAUUAAGCUCUAGGACUGGACCUAAAUCAGGCCAAGCUUGUGGAUUGUAUGCAUAUAAAAUCUGCUUUGAAACUUAUGAUUAUAUGCUGGCAAGUUACAUUUUGGGCUUAAGAAUGCUCUUUAUAAAUUAGUGAAAUGAUU